CGCCACACGAUCCCUCAGACCAUUCGCACUAGCAGAAAAUCCAAAUCUAAAUCCAAUUCAAAUCAUGGCAUCCAAAUUUCUCCCCUUCCUAUUCGUCGUCCUCUCGCUUCUGGCGGUAGCGCUGCCCUACGGAGCCGCUGCUCUCGCCGGCGGUUGGAAGCAGAUUUCAAAUCCCAAGGAUCCGGAAAUCGUGCGGAUCGGACAAUUUGCAGUGUCGGAGAACAACAAGGAGAAGAAAUCUAAUUUGCAGUUCGUAACCGUCGUCAGCGGGGAGACGCAGGUGGUCGCAGGAACGAACUACAAACUCGUGAUAUCAGCUAAGGAUGCUUCCGGAAGCACCGGUAAUUACCGCGCUGUAGUCUGGUCAAAGCCGUGGCAGAAAUUCACCAAACUCAUGUCGUUCGAGAAAGCUUAAGCGUGAGGUGAGGUGAGGUGUGGUGGUUGCUGCUUCGAAAACGUGUGUGAGUAUAUUGUGCCUGUGGUUAUGCUUUACGCCGGAUUUGUAGGAGCGCUGUCAAUUUGUUUGGAAAUCUGUAUUUUUGUUUGGCUACUGAAGUAAUGUUUCUUAUGGAAUAAUAAACCUUAUUGACAGACAAGCUUGAGAAUAAUUGAGAAAUA